AUGUGCAUUAACUUUUCCUCUAAUUUAUCUGAUAAUGCCACUAAUGACCAAGACUUAGACUUACCUAUUGCUGUGAGAAAUGAAGUAAGGUCUUGUACCAAACACCCAAUUGCAAACCACGUUUCUAGCGAAAAAUCAUCGCAAGAGUAUAGGAACUUCAUCAGCUCUGUGGACAACAUCGACAUUGCUCAAAACUUUCAUGAAUUUGUGGUAGUUCUAGAAUGGAAUACUGUUGUAAUGGAAGAAAUCAAGGCACUUGAAAAGAAUGAUACAUGGCAGCUCUCGCACCUACCAAAAGGGGUAGAAGGCAGUUGGAUGAAAAUGGAUAUUCUCAGUAAAAAACAACGCAAAUGGGAGUGUAAACAAUUAGAUAUAAAAAAUGAUUUCCUAAACGGUGACCUUGAAGAAGAUGUCUACAUGAGAAUACCACAUGAACUUGAUACAUCAGGAAAUUCAAGAAAGGUAUGUAAACUCAAAAGAUCACUAUACAGACUUAAGCAGUCCCCUCGAGCUUGGCCAGCGGACACUCCUAUGGAAUCCAAUGUGAAAAUUGGAGAGGAAAAUGAGAGUCAACCUAUUGACAAAGAAAGGUAUCAAAAGUUGGUUGGGAAACUUAUCUACCUAACCCACACACGACCAGAUAUUGGUUUCCUGUUAGCAUGGUUAGCCGCUACAUGA